UUUCUACUCUAUCGUCCCGAAAAAUUAUCUCGCUCUCCAUCUUCUUCUCGUUUGAAAGAUUUUUUUUUUUUUACAUGUCUCUCUUUUUGGUUUCAAGGAGAAAAUUAAUCUCUCUUUUGUAUUCCUUUUUAACAGGCUUCUCAUCAACAUCAGUAGGAUCUUCUUAAGGAUCUUAAGCAGUACAUUAUCUCCAUUACGACCCAGUAGCACACUAAUCCUUUGGAUCCUUUGCACAACUGGUUUUAUUUGAAGAUCUUAGGGUUUGACUACUAUGAAAAUCUUCACAGAAGAAGUUUAAGCAAGAGAGGAGGGGUUACAAUGGAUAACUCUGGAAACCGUUUUGCUUUGUUGAACUCUGGAAACCGUUUUGCUUUGUUGCUUGAUGAUGACGAAGAUGUUUCCGCUCUUAUGGAAAAAGUCUCCCUAGCUACCAAGGUUGCUCAUCCUUCUCCAUCACUAAUGGACAAAAGCCUGAAAUCAUCUCCUGUUGCACGUCUUCCUUCUAAGCCUCUGCCACCUGCAGAAUAUGCAAAGGGAGGCAGUAGAGGAAACAAAUAUAGCAGCAGGAAUCGCAAUUAUGGCGACAACGAAAGAAGGGGUCGACAGGAUUCAAGACAGAGCUUUGAUGUGAACAGGAAUGUUUCUGUAGCAAAGGAUGUAGUGUCUGAACAUGGGAAGACUUCAAACGUCUCGGAGAAAGAAGAAAACAAAUGUAUUCCUGCAAAUUUCAACGAGGAGCAUAAUGAUAAAAUUCGUAGAUAUACGGCUUUACUGGAACGUCGUAGAUUGAAUCAUGCAAUAGCCAAGAUUGUGUGUUUCUUCGGGGAUAUCUUUCGCUCUUCUAAAGGUAUCUCAGAAGGACACAAAGCUUGGAUGAGGAAGGAGUGUAAUCUGCAUUUAAUAAGUGAAGACUCACUUUCGUAUGUGCUUAUGGACGCUGAAUAUAGGGAACGUUCAUUUGAGUCAUUGCUACAACGUUUAGGAGCUGAAGUGCCGCAGAAGCCAAGGUUUUUCAUAGACAAAAUUCCAGUAAAUGUGACUGACUCUGUGAUCUGGACUUUAAGAGGAGAACUUAAGGCUUUGCAUAAGAAAUUAGUAGAGGUUCGGUCUCGACCAUUGGGGUUCUCCUGAUUGGUAGAAUCUCUUGGACAUCAUGUGAAAACCAGUCGACUCGAAACCAGUGAUUUGCGGAGGACAAAGAGGCAGGGCAAAGAACAAAACAGAAUGAGGGUGUUUAAUUAAGAUAAAUUUGAAUUCACUAUAACCUUUUGAUCAACUUUCUAACCUCUUUAUUUUUCUUAUGUUGCAAAUGAAAUUUCCUCAACAGCUUCACAAGAAUUUCCGGAGUAGAAACGAUAUCUAUUCCAUGGUUAAAAUUUGACUGAAGUAUAUUUUAAAAAUGAGUAUUGGUUAACUUUUGCCCUGUGACUGCCCUGUGACUAGCAUUUAUUCUCUCUUUUACUGCAAGGUAGACACAUGAGAGAAACCAUUCUCCUCUAGCAGGGUCAUUGGUUACAAGAGCAUGAAACAUGUUGGAGGUGGAGUUGACAAUUUCUAAAGAGAACCCAUCUGUCCCACAGAGAAACAUGUUGCGAGGCUAUAUUCUUUGGCCGUGCUUAUUCUGCUGUUGCUUUUUGAAAAUUUUCAUCAGAGAAACCAUCAGGAUUCAGUCCUAUAAAAAAUAUCCAAUCAAUGUCUAGUUGUUUAAAAUAUUGAACUUGUGUGAUUACCUGUCUAAGCUUAUACCGGGUAUGGAAGAGGUAAAUCCGUAGUUAUUGAUAUGUAUAUAUUCCAAUUAGUGCUAGUAAGAUUUUUGCAACAUUGGCUGA